GGAUCGUGAAAAUUGGUGUUCUUGACUGGUUUGGUCGAUGAGGGUGAUGGAUGAGGGCGCUUAUCCAGCCAUCGUGAAGGCGAUAUGGAAAACUGUAAGAGAACCGUGAGAUACUCGAACAAGAUAAAGUGUUCAGUACGGACCAACAAGAUCAUCAACCAAAGAUGGCUUGUCGAAGAGUUCACUUGUGGUGUCGUGUGUUCAUCGGCAACUUCGGAGGCUCCCUUGAUAAAAGGUAGGCAUCAUCCCAGUUUUCUCGCCGAUCGAUUAGCGAUUCCCGCGCUACCGGGGUGAGCGGGUCUUUUCCCGAAAAAAUUUUGGCCGAAUUUUCUGCAUGGCUAGUAGCAAGCUAGGGUAGUUCCCGCGAUUGCACCACAUGCCCUGUGUCGUCCUCACCGCUUGGUUGUAUGUAGUGUGGUGAAGCUGAGUUGAGCUGGAUCAGACCACAUCUAGGUGGCAGUUUUGGGAUCUGGUUGAGGCCAGAAACAGGGAAAACAACGACGAGCUGGAGCCUAUGUACAGAUGACUAUGUACGUGGCUGCUAGGAAAGAAACGGUCGUCAUGCAGAAACAGACUCAGCGUAACUCUGGGUACGCCUCCAGCGAAUGAAAUCAAUCCCGAAGUUUUGGCCGGCUUUGUAAAAACGCAUUGCGUUCUUGUUUUCGUAGACCAUGCACUGAUAAGCCCAGCCGUCACCGUUAUAUUAUGAUCGUCGAGAUCCAUAAGGCUUGGCCGAACGUGGCAGUCCGGUAGCAUGGCAAGAUAAGACGGACUGGGGAACGCAGCCAUGCAUUCCUUCACAUUCUUUCCUUCCCGUUGUGCAUAAGAAGACGUGGCUGUCUUCUCUGAAGGCAUUCCUUUGUUCCUCUUUCGGCCAUUAUCCAUCAUCAUGCGGUCUUUCUCGUGUUGGGCAGCUGCUGCCCUGCAGUUGGUUCACUACCUAGGCCCGGCUACCGCUGCGGCCGUCCAUCACCAUGGGAACCACACGGGGAGAAUAGCCCCCAAGGCUUUCAUCAUCAGCAUGUUCGAGCCCGAAACGGACGGCUGGAUGACAAACAUGGUGGAAUCGGGCACCGGAAACUUGACCGACAUCAAGAUCGACGUGCCCGGGCUGUCCAUGCUGUACCCUCAGGUGGCAUGCACGGCGGACAAGUCUGUAUGCCAGUUGACGGCCGGAGAGAGCGAGAUCAACGCGGCAGCGAGUAUCAUGGCGCUGGUGCUCUCUCACAAGUUCGACCUCCGUCAGACAUACUUUGUGGUCGGCGGCAUCGCAGGUGUCAACCCCAAGUACUCGACCCUUGGCGGUGUUGCGCUCUCUCGUUAUGUCAUCCAGGUCGCUCUGCAGUACGAGCUGGAUGCGCGUGAGAUGCCGGAUAACUUCAGCACGGGAUACUUUGCGUACGGCACCAAGGGACCGAACCAGUACCCUUCCACCCUCUAUGGCACUGAGGUGUUUGAAGUCAACGAAGCGCUGCGGGACGUAGCGUAUAAGUUUGCGCAAAAGGCAAAGCUGGCUGAUUCGGCAGCGGGAGCCGAGUACCGGGCCAAGUACAAGGAGGCCGGGGCUGCGUACGCUGCCGCCACCGAAGGGCCGAGUGUUGUCAAGUGCGACACGGCCACCAGCGAUGUGUACUACUCGGGCACUCUGCUCAGCGAAGCCUUUGAGAAGGUGACGCGGGUGUGGACGAACGGCACGGGCGAUUACUGCAUGUCGGCGCAGGAAGACAACGCCGUGCUCGAGGUGCUCGUCCGCGGAGCCAUCCAGGGCCUUGUCGACUUUGGCCGUGUGAUUGUCAUGCGGACCGGAUCCGACUUUGACAGGCCUCCGCCGAACGUCACAUCCUACCAGCACCUGAUGACGGACCAGAACGGCUUCGAGAUUGCCACGACCAACCUGGGCAGGGCGGGCGUCGAGAUUGUUCGCGGCAUUCUGCAGGGCUGGGAACACACUUUCCGAAAGGGCAUCAAGCCCACCAACUAUAUCGGCGAUAUCUUUGGCAGCUUGGGAGGACAGCCCAACUUUGGACCGGGAAGCCAGACCAAUGGCACCGGCUAUGCGGCCGCACCCAAACAGGCGAGGGCGCAACUGAGGGCAAGGGGAUAUCGUGGCCCUUCUGUGGUGCGACGUCGCAUUUGAGGAUCUGGUUCAUUGUCGAGGUCGUGGUGCCACUGGACAAGACGGUCCUCAGGACAGCUAGCCGAGCCAGAUCAUGACUUUAUCCGCUUCGGAACCAGAUGGAGGUGAAGGGACGGGAGGUCGAUAUUGCCCCUGCAGAGCCAAGAGACGUUCGGGGCCAUUUGCCGGCAGUGCAGUACGUAGCAUACACAUAUAUUAUAGUGUAAAUAUGUCGAGGAGAGUGGACAGGCAAUUAAUUGGUUACAGAUGACAUGGUGGGAAGCAGGAGGUUGAGAUUUGGGUCUGUGUCGUGCAGUGUCGGUGUUGACUUUCUGGUUUGGGAGAUAACGAAUGUCACCAAGUGAAGUCAUGGAAGAAAAAGAAGAAUGGAGAAAAAUUGUUAAGGAAAUUGUUAAGGUACAGUCAGUUCGCAAA